AUGUACCAUCUAGCUAAGUCGCUGUAUAUGUACGCUACCAGCAAAGAGGAAUACUCCGUCCUCCUUCUCGGCCUAGACAAUGCGGGCAAGACUACGCUGCUCUCCCAGAUCAAAGCCCUCUACCAGCCUCGAGCUGACGGCACGUCCGCGCCCAAUCCCGGCAAAACCGUACCUACGGUCGGUCAGAAUGUCAGCACAAUAUCCCUACCGGACAUGUACUUGAAAAUCUGGGACGUCGGCGGGCAGAUAUCCAUGCGGAACCUAUGGCAAAGCUACUAUUCUAGCUGUCACGCGAUCGUUUUUGUGGUGGAUAGUACGGAUGUUGGACAGAAUCCUGAUAUCACGCGCCUACCUUCCUUGUCAGCGGCGACCGGUAGCUCUCGGAAACCAUCGACUUCAAAGCAUGGCACAGGGGCGGCGGAUGCAUCGGCGGAAGCGGAAGUGGACGGCGACGGCGAUGGUGACGAUGACAGCGCAACAACUUUCGCCGAACAAAUCGCCGGCAUCAAUGCUGCGGGUAGUGACUUUGGCCGACUAGACGAGUGUCGUCAGGUGCUGGAAUCCGUGCUUCGCAAUGCCGACGUCGCAGGUGUGCCAAUCCUUGUCCUGGCGAAUAAACAGGAUCGGGAAGACUCUGUGGAGGUUGUCCGGAUCAAGGAGGGGUUCGUGCGGAAGGUAUUCGAGGGAGAGGCUGGUGGAGUCGUGCGUGAUAGUCGUGUUCUGCCUAUCAGUGCCCUGAUGGGGUCAGGGGUGCGAGAGGCUGUUGAAUGGGUGCAGAGUCGGGUGAAGUGGAAUAAGGAGGGGAGACCGCCCGUUAUGAGGUGA